UUUUUGUCUUUUGUUCCCCCUCAAAGCAUUUGAUUGAUGAAUUAUUGUCCGGAUAUAAAGACUCUUUUACCAUUGGUUCCCAUGCAGUGGAUCCGGGUUUGAAUUCGGCCUGGGACAAUUUGUGUCAUCCCUCUUUCAUCGCUGUCAAUCCAAUAAAGACACUGGUCGUAUUGAAACAAAUCAAAAGAUAAAAGGUGUGUCAUACAUUACCCACUCUAGCUUUUAAUAUUAGACAAAAAGGGUUUUGUGUGAGGAUGAAAUUACUCUCACUGACAUCACCUGACCAUGAAACCGUGGAGCCAAGCCCCUCCGUCGCUCGCACACAUCCUAUUGGUCUGCUGUCGGUGUAGCAACAUAUGAGUGAGAGAGGAGAGGAGGGGCUUGUGACUCCACAACAACACCGGCGCGAGUAAGACCGUAGAGAGGAGAGGGAAUGCGGCAGAAGGAGGGAGCAGACCGUCAGUGAGAGGGAAAGAGACGGAUCCUCUUUACAUUGUUUCUCCUGCUUCCUCACCCUCCGAGUCUUUCUAUCACUCUGCUUCCAUUCACUUCUAAUUCCUCUGUCACUCUGUCUUUCCUGCUACUGAGCAGUCUUUCUUCUUCUGUCCUACAUUCUGACUUGUUACUAUCUCUCUGUCUCUCCUCUUCCUCACCUAUGGACGGUGAGCUUCUCCCCCUUUCUUCUUUCUUCUUCUCCCCUUCUGUUUCUCACUAUCCUUCUUUGUCUCCCCCUUUUUUACUUUGAUCUUUCCCUUCCUUGCACCUCGCUGUCAUUCAUCCGUUGUCUUUGGGUGCGAGGAUGCCAGUCCUGGAGGGGCUCUGGGGUCCCGAUCUCGGGAUGCGGGACUCCGGUCUCGGGGCCGAUGUGGGGGUCUGUCCGGAUGAGGCUCCCAGCCCGCCAGUCUGGGGGUCUCUGAGGACACCUCCUAUCACCUGUGGGGGCCUCUCGCUGGCCCUGGAGCUGCCGGCUCUCAUACGGCAGCUCAGGGCCGUCUGGAGGGCUCGCAGGGGGGGCCCCCGGGGGCCAGAGAAGAGCCAGGCGAGCACUUGGGUGGAAUCAGAGAAAGAGGAGGUACAGGAGGUGAAACAAGGCGUAGACGGCGGGAGCGCUCAUCUGGAAGCUGAUGGCAGAGUGAACACUGGUCAUGCUGGUGUGUUGCUGGUUGAGAGACGAGGCUCCUACCCGCUGAUUGACCUGAGAAUCCUCAAAACCAGUGCCCAGCAGGGGGGGGUAGAGUCCGGCACCAGGAGGAAGGUGAAGCGUCAGCUGAGCUUUCAGAGGUACUGCCACGCCUCCAGGCUGCUCAGGGGGGCGAUGCCCAACACCCCGGGGUCCCUGCACCUACUGGACAAAAACUACCUGGGACAAGCCGCACACAUGCUGUCAAAAGUCGGCACAUGGAACUUUGACAUUUUCCUCUUCGAUCGUCUUACAAAUGGCAACAGCCUGGUGACUCUGAUGUGCCAUCUCUUCAAUGUCUACGGUCUCAUUCACCACUUCCAGCUGGACAUGGUCAAACUGCACAGGUUUCUCGGCAUGGUGCAAGAGGACUACCACUCCCAGAAUCCCUAUCACAAUGCUGUCCAUGCAGCUGAUGUCACCCAAGCCAUGCACUGCUACCUGAAGGAGCCAAAGCUGGCGGAGCAGCUGAGUCCUCUGGACGUGUUCCUGGCUCUGAUGGCAGCAGCCGCUCACGACGUGGACCAUCCCGGAGUCAACCAGCCGUUCCUCAUCAAGACCCGACACCACCUGGCCUCCCUCUACCAGAACACGUCUGUGCUGGAGAGUCACCACUGGAGAUCCACCGUGGGCAUGCUGCGAGAGUCCGGACUGCUGUCCCACAUGCCGGCUGACAUCUCGCAGGACAUCGAGCAGCAGCUGGGCUCUCUCAUCCUCGCCACAGACAUCAGCCGGCAGAACGAGUUCCUGUCCACCUUCAGAGAACAUCUGGACAACCAGGACCUGGACCUUCAGCUGGCUUCACACAGACACUUUAUCCUGCAGAUCGCUCUGAAGUGCGCCGACGUCUGUAAUCCGUGUCGGGUUUGGGAGCUGAGCAGACAGUGGAGCGAGAGGGUGUGUGAGGAAUUCUACAGGCAGGGAGACCUGGAGAGGAAGUUUGACAUGGAGAUCAGUCCUCUGUGUAACCAGCAGGCUGACUCUGUGCCAGCCGUUCAGAUAGGGUUCAUCUCCUACAUCGUGGAGCCUCUGUUUGACGAGUGGCACCGCUUCACUGAGCCCAGCUCUCUCAGCCACACCAUGACGGGUCACAUGCACAAGAACAAGGCGCGCUGGAGCCGCCUGCGAUACGCAAACACUCCUUCAGACUCACAAGCAGAAGAGCCUGAAGGGGGAGGAGGAGGAGAGGUGGAAGGCAUCUCUUAAUUUUCCUCCUAUCUAUUGAGGUGUUUGAUCUUCCUUCGUAAACAGAGGAGAGGAGUGUGUAUCAACCUCCUUGUUUGUCCUUCAGCAGUCUUUCUCCCACAGCCUGUUGUUCAUAGGCUGCAGGGAGUGGGAGUCUGGCUUCCAUUCAUACGGAAUGGCUCCCUCUGCUGGAGGAGAGGACUGUAGCACUGAGAGGGGAAAAAUAAGGCGCAGAAAGAUUGAACUUUCAGAUGGAUGGAUAAUCUUAGCAAAUAUUUGACAAUUUUAAAAAGACAUGCCUCGUUCUUAUCCCCUGUGAAUUGGAGCGUUUAUUUUUGAUGGCAGAACACGGUAUAAAUGAAUUUGCACAAUGCUGCUUGAACAACGAAGACAUUAAACGAGUCAGCUGGACUGUGCUGGAAAAGGUGAUGAAAUGAAUGGAAGAAGAAAAAGAAGAAUAUUUCCGCCUUGCUUUUUAAACAACACAAACUCUAUUAAACUCUUUUCACUUUUUUCUCUUUUUGUACAGCUUGCACUUCUAUUAGAUGCUCUUUCAUACAAGUGUCACUUCUACUUUUCACUAAAGUGCGUUUUUAAAGUUAGUAUGUCAAGGUACUAUAAACUUUACAACACUUCUCUAUUAACCGUGUAACUUACUGACUCGUACAACUACUGACUGACACACCGUGGCUUGAACGCUGAUGUCAAGUGUCAGCUGGAUGUUUCUGAACUCGCCAAUGUUGAAAAUACAAACCGAAGCCAUGUUUUUAAAGUGUUUGUGUAGACACGGUAUAAUAUGUACAUACUUUAAUGUUCAACCUCAGCACUUCACAUGCCAAAAUCUAAGUAAUGUACUUGCCUUUAUUAUGAGGAGUAUGGAUAUUGGGACAUUUAACUCGUUGCACUUGUGUGACCUUUGCAACAACUCAUUUGGUGCAUUUAUUUAUCGGAUAUGCUCACUUCACCAGCUCAUAUACAACACAGCCUUAACAGCAAAUGUCUGUUAAUCUUAUGUUUUAAUGAUGUUUUAACCUUUACUGGUUUUUACAGUUUCUGCGUGUUUUUCUUCGGCCAUACCAGCGUACUGUAACUUAUCUCACAUGUCCAAACACUACUCCAGCCUGCUUACUGUUUGAUCUUGAACAGUCUCAGGGUCAGAUUGGGUGUUUCCCCCAGUGAGCAUUUGCAAGGCGCCAAUUCACUGUUCUGAGAGAUGCCAUCACUGCUGUACCGCUCUAAGGCUUUUAUAAUUCCUUCUUCUUACAUUUGCUACAGUCACUGUGUGCACAUCAUGAUCUGCCACGUUCAUACUUGGGUCAAUUUGUGAUUGCAAAUACCUCUAUGUCUAAUAUUUUCAUACGAUACGAUUAACUUUUUUCACGGCAGACGAGGGCUCAGUGUCCCAAUCGGCUAUAAUCGAUAACUACUUAACUUUUUUUUCUACAAUAAUACGUCAAUAUGUCUGCUGUAAAAGGUUCAAAUAACAACACGAUAUACCAUCAUUCUUUAUAUAAUAAAUAAUAUAAGAUAUAUUUAAUUCAUGGUCAAAAUUGUACUUUUACAUCUAUGUUAUUAUCACCCGUAUGAAGCUGAUAUAAAUGAUAUAUUAAACAAAGCCUAUAAAGAGUUUGUAUAUACGGUUUGGUCAAAUGUACCAAUAUAAAGUGUUAUUUUGACCACUUUGAUAUACAUAUCUAUCGUUGAUGUUGUCACGUUCUGUCAGGGCCGAGGCUGUGUACUGUUACACGAUGCUAACAGAAGCUGUAGUUGAGCUUUAUGAUUCAAACAACCCAGCAAACACUGUAUAACACACACUGAUAUCCCACAUACUGAUAUCCCACAUAUAUAUAUAUACUUAUCUUGAAUAAAAGUGUAAAAUAUAUAUACAGUAUAUAAUAUCAAUGAACUCAGUGUUUUGAAUGAGUUUCAGUGCAAUAAGGUUAAGUCACUGGUGAGUUGUAAUAAAGUGACCAUAUUCAAUACUUCCUAUAGCUCUGGUAAAGCAUGUAUGUCUUCACUGUAACUGGUUAAGCUGACACUCCUAAUGUAAGCACCACUGUAGUGCACACUGUUGUCAUUAUCUCAUAGGACUCAUGUACCAGCAGUUAUUAACCAUGAAUCAUCUCUGUGUGUGAUACCUAAAACAUCAAUAUGUUGUUAUUUCUAAGUGUAAACAAACUGAAGUUAAGACUAGAGGCCUCGUGUGGCGUUCAAUACCUCUCACAACCGGCACUGAUGCAGGGUCAUUAAAACAGAGGCCUACUGGUUUCACAAUAACAAGUGUAUACUAUAUGUGUUAAUACAGUUUUGUAUGCUGUAGUGAUUAUCCUACCAUAUUCACUAUAUUUAUCAUCUUAUUAAAAAAAUAUUGUCUCCUAAAAUCUGAGAAUUUACUGUAAUGGCCAAAAGGCAUUUGUUAUAUACAGUACCUUGUAAUCGACAAAAAUGGCGGACAUUUCUUUUUAACCAGAAAUCCCAAUAUAUCUGUAAAGUAUAAAUAUUUGUUACGCAUUAUAUAGUGGGGGUAUGUUCUCCCUUAUGUUACACAGUCUUAAUGCAUGUUCAAAAGUAACCACAGUGCUCAAACGCUUCGUUCUGUGGUGCAGUUCCACCUCAGUUUUAACUGUGUUGUCCAAUACUAUAAUGUCAAUCUUCACACAUAUUUUAGGUACGGUAGUCAGUAGUCAUGGUUUGAAAGAUGUUCAUCCCAGUGCCAAAUUACACAGAAGUAAUUAUAAAGUAUUCUUUUUGUUUUUGGCCUACGUUUGUUUGAGUCAAUGAGAAAUGUAGAUGUAUAUAUUUGUUUCUGUAUUUUGUUAAUUUGUUUUACUAUGUCCAUUUAGUGAUGGAUCUGGAGCUUUUAACUGUUUCACAUGGUCGUCGUGAUCCAGUCGUUGUGGAGUUGUAACAUUUCCAUUUUCUCUGGAUACUGUAGGCACAUUUUGUCAAUGUUCGCUUUUAAAGAUAAAAGCUCAUUCUUGACUGGCAGUUUAGAAAUGUAUGUCCAAACAAAGUUGAAGUGUUUUCUUCAGUUGUCUUUGAGAUGAAGAUGUUUGUCUUUCCAUUAUUAUCACAUUUAGCAUGUGUCUAAGCACAGAUAGCUUCUUAUAGCAGCAGAAAGCUUUUGUAUUACCAGCUACAUUUUAGAUUGAUGUCUUAAGGUUAAGAAUAUAUUGUUGUUCAUAUUGUUAAAAAAUUAACUGUACAAUCCAGUUCUGACACCUCACCUCUGAGCACUGUGAACUUAUCAAAUAAAUAUUUUUCAAUCAACAUU